AUGUACACCACCAUCGCCGCCUACAUGUAUUGGCGCGCAACCAGAAACUAUGAUGUCGUCCUCGCACUGGUGCUGAACGACUUCUACUAUGUUGAAACCGCUGCCUCGAGGAAACUGAAAAAUGGAUUCUGGUCGUGGUGCUGGAGGUUCAUGGUCGCGUCGUUCGAUUACUAUAUGCUCAGCAUCCUCUGGCCACUCCUCCGCACAUUCGUUACCAGCCAUUUGUGGCUACGCCUCCGUUACGGCUUUCGUCAAACCGAAGUCGUCUUCCGCGCCCCUACUGGUAGGGAGUAUGACAAUAUGCUUGCGCUCCCCCCAGCACAGUUCCAGGAGGCUUGGCAGGCGUCUCUGCUGCAUGCCACGAGUCGCCAGUUUCUCAUGGGAAACACUGGGUUCAACACCCGUUCCCCGCCUUGGAAUCUUUGCUACACGGCAUCGACGGACGCGUAUCACCUGGCCAACUCUGGUCAGUUUGAUUUGAACAAUUGGGAACUGAGCGUGUGGCAGAAGAACGAGCAUCAACAGUGGUCGGUCUGGGAGGCGUGGAGACAUCAGGAUCCCACACUGAGCACGAGGGCGCUUGAUAUGAUAAAGGCAUGUGUAUUCCCUUUGAAUGAGAAACUGCUGGCGGAGGGAAGGGAGGAGUUUGUUGAAAGGUGGCAAGCUCUUUUGGCCGAACAGGCGAACAUGGCUUUGUUAGCUUCUGAUGUUACCCCUGGUAUGCAUCAGCUCGUCCAGUCCGUCAAUGCCCUUUUCAAGGAAGAGGGACUUGACCUCGGAGAGUUGUGGCUGGAAGCUAUUUCAGAAGCACAUCGGGUCCAGAAUCAACCUGCCUUGGAGGAACCUGAGCAGCUUGCAACAUAA